CCCCCACCCGCUUUAAAAACCGUUAAGUGUUGGAAGAGUUGGAAGCGUGAGGAAAUAGGUUGUAGAAUGGAACUUCUGGAUAAAACAAUCAAUAGCUACCUUGAUGUUUGGCUUGGACCCAGAGACCCCAGAGUAAAAGGAUGGCUUCUUCUGGAGAACUAUACACCUACCUUUAUCUUCUCAGUCUUGUACUUGCUAAUCGUAUGGCUCGGACCAAAGUACAUGCGGAACAAGCAGCCGUUCUCGUGCAGGGGUAUUCUAGUGGUCUACAACCUUGGACUUACACUGCUUUCUCUGUACAUGUUUUAUGAGCUGGUGACGGGAGUAUGGGAAGGAGGAUACAAUUUCUUCUGUCAGGACACGCACAGUGGAGGAGAAGCUGAUAUGAAGAUCAUACGUGUCCUCUGGUGGUACUACUUCUCCAAACUCAUUGAGUUCAUGGAUACCUUCUUUUUCAUUUUGCGGAAAAAUAAUCAUCAGAUCACUGUUCUGCAUGUCUACCACCAUGCAACGAUGCUGAACAUUUGGUGGUUCGUUAUGAACUGGGUGCCUUGUGGUCACUCUUACUUUGGUGCCACACUGAACAGCUUUAUCCACGUCCUCAUGUACUCCUACUACGGAUUGUCUGCUGUUCCAGCAAUGCGUCCUUAUCUGUGGUGGAAGAAGUACAUCACUCAGGGGCAGCUGACUCAGUUUGUCCUGACAAUCUUCCAGACCAGCUGUGGUGUUGUUUGGCCGUGUGCAUUUCCUCAGGGAUGGCUGUAUUUCCAGAUUUCUUAUAUGAUUUCUUUGAUUAUCCUCUUCACAAAUUUCUAUAUUCAGACUUACAACAAAAAGGCGUCCUCGAGGAGGAAAGAGUAUCAGAACGGCUCCGCGGCCACCGCGAACGGGUACACAAACAGCUUUUCUUCCCUUGAGAACAAUGUGAAACAAAGGAAACAAAGGAAGGAUUGAAGACCAAACUGAAAAACCAUUUUGAUAACCCCAACAACAAAAUCAUCUGAUUGUAAGCACAAUAAGAGUUGUGCACUAAUACUCUAACAGCUACUGUAACUAUUCCUGCCUAGAAUAGUGUGAUUUAUGUAGGACUUAACCAGUGCAAACACCCUAGAAACCAUAUACAGAACAUAAAAGUAGGUUAAAGUUUUAAAAAUAAUUCUGGGCUGUCACUGACCCCGCUAUAGACUGUGGAAGGGAGUAUUAUCGUAGUAUCCGACACUGCUGUUGCCUUACUAGUCAAUAUGAUAGGUGCUGAAUUAUGAUUCACAAUUUGAAAACACUGUAAUCUAAACCUCCAUUUUUUUUACUGUAGUUCAUGCAUGUGAUUGUAGAGGUAAUUUGUACGAUGCUGGUUUCAGUAGAUAAAACACACAUGCCUUAAAUUAAAAAGCAGGGCCCAAAGCUUAUUACUGGUUUAAAAAUUAGGGUAUGUUUCAACUUUUCAGUUGACUGACUUUUUAUUAAAAAGUCAUUUAAAAGAAUCCAUUGGUCAUUUUACUGUUCUGUGUGUGAUACACGACGUUGUUACGUAUCUCUUACGCAACACAGUGAAAUUGGAAAUGGGCGCAUUUAGUUUUGUAUAUUUGGCUUUAACUGACUAAACAGUCACAAACCAGAUGGAAAAGUUAUUUUACCUUUUUAAUAGAUCUUAUUUUUUUAUUUGAAUUGUGUCACUAGUGUAAAAUUAAUCGGCACUUACACAGUCCAGUAAGACUUAAGUAUUGUCUCUAAGGUUUAGAGUAUGUACAGGGUGGACCCAUCUU